GGCAAACCUGCAGGUUAAAAAUUCGUUGCAAGAGAAGCCCAUACAUCCACACUGCCUGCAGACUCAAAGAUGACUUCAGCUCUAGCGUUUGUCUUUCUCCUCUGCCUCUCUUGUCCUUUUUCAUCAUGUCAGCAGAGAAGAGUAGGAGUUGAAAUUGGGCCAGAAAUGCUGGAAGAGAUGAGAGAGACUAACCGUGUGCUAAUGGAAGUUCGAGAGCUGUUGAAACAGCAGAUUAAGGAGAUAACAUUCCUGAAGAAUACAGUCAUGGAGUGUGAUGCCUGUGGCAUGCACACCGAGGCGACAGGCCCUGUCAUCACCGUGACACAGUUUAACAGAUGCCUCCCAAACUCCUGCUUCCCUGGAGUGGCCUGCACUGAGACCGGCACCGGCUUCCGCUGCGGACCCUGUCCCCCAGGUUAUUCAGGCAACGGGUCCCAGUGCACAGAUAUCAAUGAGUGCAAUGCAAACCCCUGCUUCCCGAAGGUCCAGUGCAUCAACACCACCCCUGGCUUCCGCUGCGAUCCCUGCCCUGCCGGCUUCACUGGCCAGAUGGUUGAAGGAGUUGGACUAGCAUAUGCCAGGGCCAACAAACAGGUUUGUACUGACAUCAACGAAUGCGAGACAGGUGCUGCCAGAAAUUGUGUCCCAAACUCCAUCUGCAUCAAUACCCGGGGAUCCUACAAGUGUGGGGCUUGUAAACCUGGCUUUGUUGGGGAUCAAGUCAGUGGCUGCAAGAGCCAGACAGUGAGACGCUGCCCUAACGGUGAAAUUAGUCCGUGUCACGAGAAAGCAGAGUGCAUCGUGGAGCGCGACGGCUCCAUCUCCUGCGCGUGCCUCGUAGGGUGGGCAGGGAAUGGCUACGUCUGUGGGAAGGAUACGGACAUCGAUGGAGUCCCUGAUGAGAAGCAACGCUGCUCUGACAGAAAAUGCCGCAAGGAUAACUGCGUGACUGUCCCCAACUCUGGCCAGGAGGAUGCAGACAGGGACGGAAUUGGAGAUGCUUGUGAUGAUGAUGCUGACGGAGAUGGGAUAUUAAAUGCUGAGGACAACUGCGUGUACACACGCAACGCCGACCAGCGCAACGCCGACAAGGAUAACUUCGGUGACGCCUGUGACAACUGUCGCCAAGUGAAGAACAACGAUCAACGGGACAUUGAUGGCGAUGGGAGGGGAGAUGAGUGUGACGAUGACAUGGAUGGAGAUGGGAUCAAAAACCCAACGGACAACUGUAAAAGAGUUCCUAACCCUGAUCAAAAAGAUGGUGAUGGUGAUGGAGUAGGAGACGUGUGUGACAGCUGCCCGACAGUCAGCAACCCAGACCAGAAAGACACCGAUCAUGAUCUAGUGGGAGAUGUCUGUGACACCAACCAGGACAGUGAUGGUGAUGGCCACCAAGAUUCACGGGACAACUGCCCCUCAGUGCCCAACAGCUCCCAGGUGGACACAGACAAUGACGGGCUGGGAGAUGAAUGUGACGAUGACGAUGAUGACGAUGGGAUUCCAGAUGUGAAACCUCCAGGCCCUGACAACUGUCGACUUGUCCCUAACCCUGGCCAAGAAGACUCGGAUGGUGAUGGUGUGGGAAACCUUUGUGAAGAUGACUUUGACAGAGACAUGGUGAUUGACAGAAUUGAUGUGUGUCCUGAGAACGCCGAGGUGACACUAACAGACUUCAGGGCUUUCCAGACAGUUGUAUUGGACCCUGAGGGUGAUGCACAGAUUGACCCCAACUGGAUUGUCCUCAACCAGGGCAUGGAAAUUGUCCAGACCAUGAACAGUGACCCUGGCCUGGCUGUAGGUUACACGGCAUUCAAUGGAGUGGACUUUGAGGGCACCUUCCAUGUCAACACUGUCACAGAUGAUGACUACGCUGGCUUCAUAUUUGGCUACCAGGACAGUUCCAGCUUUUAUGUGGUCAUGUGGAAGCAGAUGGAACAGACAUACUGGCAGGCAAACCCCUUCCGAGCAGUAGCAGAACCUGGAAUUCAACUGAAGGCAGUGAAGUCUAAAACAGGCCCAGGUGAGUAUCUCCGCAAUUCCCUCUGGCACACUGGGGACACCACGGACCAGGUGAAACUGCUGUGGAAAGACCCUCGCAAUUCUGGCUGGAAGGACAAGACAUCUUACCGCUGGUUCCUGCAACACCGGCCGCAGGUCGGAUACAUCAGAGCUCGGUUCUACGAAGGCCCUGAAGUUGUAGCAGACACUGGAGUUGUCCUGGAUACAACUAUGCGAGGAGGACGCCUGGGAGUCUUCUGCUUCUCCCAAGAGAACAUUAUUUGGUCGAACCUGCGUUAUCGCUGCAAUGACACCAUUCCAGAAGAUUAUGAAACAUACAGAGUUCAGCAAGACUAA